UGAAAGUGUAGAUGGAGUAGAGACGCAGAUAAACACAACAAACAGACUUAUGAAGAAAUCUAUUUGAAUACAGUUUUUGUUGUUCAUUUACUGCGUGUUUCUUGCCUUGGAAGCUUAAAGGAGUAAAUCAUCUGUGUUGGGAAUAUUGGUCUACUUUAAACUUUGAAAGACUGCAGCACUGUUGAAAAUGCUCAUUUUUAUAUAUUUGUUGUCAUGCUUAACAGUCAUCAAUGCAGGUUCUCACUCACUGAUGGCUUUUGCAACAUAUGCUGUUGGGCAGACCCCAUUUCCUGAAUUUAGUGUUGUACUGAUGCUGGAUGAUGUGCAAAUAGCGUAUUAUGACUCAAACGCAUUCAGUGUUUUUUAUCGCAGUUUUACUGAUUCAAAGUACCUUGAGGAACAGAAAAGGGAUGCUGAUGUUAUAUUUCGUCAUCUGUAUGACAGCAUGAAAAAUAGAGCAUUAUACUUGAGGCAACACUUGAAUCACACAAAUGGUGUAGAUGUUUAUCAGAGACUGGCUGGAUGUGAACUAUCCAAUAAUAAACCAGGUCUACUUCAGAGCUGGGAUGCUUCCAAUGGACAAAAUGUAGAGGAGUUCACAUUUGACAUGGAGAAAAAUGACAUUCAGAUAAAAAUGCCAUGGAUGAUAACAGAGGAUCAACCACAUCGGCUACAUAUUAAGUUUCUGUAUGAAAAUGUUUAUCAUCCUAUUUGCAUUAAAACAUUGCGGAGGUACCUGAACACGGAGAAAAACCGUGUGAUGAGGAAGGUUAAACCUAGAGUCAGACUCCUGAAGAAGACCCUUAAAGACACUGAUGAGGUCCAGAUCACCUGCCUGGCAACUGGAUUUUACCCCCGUCACAUGAACUUGACCCUAUCCAAGGGUGGUCAGGCUGUGGAUGACGUCCAGAUUACUGGAGGAGAACUUCUGCCCAAUGGAGACGGGACAUAUCAGAUGAGGAAGAGUUUAGUGAUCAGUGCAGAAGAACUGCAUGAGAGACCCAACUACAACUGUACAGCAAAGCAUCUCAGCUUAGACAACAAACUCGACAUCACGUUUGAUGUUAAAGUCUUCAACCUGGGAUCAUACAAACUCUUCAUAGUUGUCAGUGUGUUGGUGUUAAUAGGUGUGGCUAUUCUCAUCAUAAUAGCAAUCAUCAUGUGGAGGAAGAGACACGCUGAAGGGCGAGGUGUUGGGACCUUACAUACUUACUCUCCCACUCCAACUUUAGUGAAUGAACAUGAAAAAUGACUGGCAAGUGAAUGGCAACAAAGUUGGAGUAUGUUCAAUGUACACAAGAUGCAACACAAAACACUAAACUAAUUUGUGGCCUGAAAUCAUACAGUAACGGUACAUUCACACGGGGCGUAAGCGUUAACGCUUAACGGAAGGCUUGUCUGAAGCGUGGCCAACAGCCAAUCACUGUAGCCGCAACACAAGCUCCGGUCUUCCAUAAACGUAAUUGGCUGGCUCUGCCUAGGUUAUUUGCAUAAGGCGAUAUGAUUGGCUGACGCACGCGUUGCCGCUUGAAAAGUUGAGAAAUGUUCAACUUCUGCCGCGAGCAACGGCACUGACGCGGCACCGACGGAUCCACAAUUCAGUUCGCCAACGCUUGACGUCACCCAUUAAAAGUGAAUGGGAAGCGUCAACGCUGACGCCCCGUGUGAAUGCGCCGUAAUAUUGUUAAAGAACACUAUCUUCUCUUUAGUAAUAAUAGUUUACCUGCUGUAUUUUUUUUAAUUAUGUCAUUCCAUACACAAAGAUUUUUGAAGUAUUUGCAAGAUGUACAAUUUUCUUGUGUCAAUGUUCUGAUGAUAUUUCAUGUGUGUAUAUUUUGUCCAAUAAACAUUUCGA